AUGGACUCCGACAACGUCAAUGCGCUCCGCGACCAGAUCGCCGAACUGACACUCAAGAUCAUACUGCUGGGGGGCCAGACCGAGGAGCUCUUGGACAUCGUUCAGGGCAAAGGCGAUCGCGAAUGGCCCAUCCCCACCCCACACAUCGACAUCGAGCAGGAACGCCUGCCUCCUAACGGUCCCCACCCACCGGCAUACCCGGGAAACUGCAACUGUCAGUGCCGGUCCCUCGUCCGCGGCCCAAACACAGUAGGCCGCGGCGUCUACCUCGGGCUCGUGAGUGCCGGCGACGUCGCGAACCUCGGUGAGCACGCCCUCAAGGACCUAGAUGACGGGCUCAGAGCUAUCGUGCUGCACCUCGUGCCGCGCAGGGCCGGGGCACCCGCCGGGACUCUCCAAUCGGGCCCAUUCCAGCGGGCCAGAGACGAGAUGAUCGCGCUGCUCAACAAGGUGUCGCUGCGGGUGGAUCCGUUGCCAGGUGCGGCGGCGCCCCAUUUUGCCUCGUUUAGAAACAUCGCCAGGGGACGGCACUUGAGGUUGGCGGAUGCAAGGCAGGGAUUGUUUGCGUUUCUUUCGGACGCGAGUAGGGGGCAUGCGUUGUAUUAUGAGACGUUUUUGCAGCUGGUGCAGUUUCGUGGGAUUGAUAUUGACGCGCUGCCGUAG